UCAAUAUUGAUAUUGAUGAUAUCUCAUUAUACUCUAAUCUAUUUAUAAUCGAACCUACCUGAAUCCUACUCUUAAUCCGAAGUUAUUUGUCAUCUUUUUCAGGGUUUCUUUUCUUGUGGUUCUCAACUGAGGGAGGGAAGUAAAGUAAGAACACGGCGGUAUUGAUGAUGGAGCCCACGUGCUCCUGUGGUGCCGAUUUUGGCUUUGCUUUCAAUCACAACAAUUUCUCCGACGCUGUUCUCCGGAUCGAGAUCAUGACGGACCCGGUUGAUAGCGCCACUGCCAUCGCUGAUUGCCUUUGCCAAGGCAAGAGGAAACGCGAUGAAGAAUUAUUCCCUUCUGGUACUAUUGUCAGGGUUGAAACACUGCAUAUCAGUUCUACUAUCCUGGCCGAUAAAAGUCCCUUUUUCUUCAAGCUUUUCUGGAUGAAGGAGUUAAAUCAGACCCUCAAGAUUAAUGCAUCUGAAGAAGCUGCUUUCAUGGAGCUACUCAAUUUCAUGUACUGUAAUACAUUGAUUGUUACUGCAGCACCUGCUUUGUUGGAUGUGCUUGUAACUGCUGAUAAAUUUGAAGUCUCUUCAUGCAUGAGAUACUGUACCCAGUUAUUGCUAAAUUUCCCCAUGACACCUGAAUCUGCGUUACGUUACCUGGAACUUCCUGAUACUGUUUUAAUGGCUGAUGCAAUACAACCAUUGGUUGAUGCUGCAAAGCAGUAUGUUGUAGGCAGAUAUAAGAAUAUAACCAAGUUCCAGGAAGAGGUUAUGGCCUUGCCUCUUUCUGGAAUAGAGGCAAUAUUGGCUAGCGAUGAUCUCCAGGUUCCAUCAGAAGAUGCUGUAUAUGACUUUGUUUUAAAGUGGGCUAGAAAACACUACAACAAACAGACAGAAAGGCGAGGAGUUUUGAGUACACGCCUUGUGUGUUUAAUUCGCUUCCCUUAUAUGACAUGUAGAAAGCUUAGGGAGGUUUUAUCAUGUAUUGACUUUAGACAUAAAGAUGUAUUUGAGCUUGUUCGUGAAGCCCUAAUUUUCAAGGCGGAGGCUCCACAUGGUCAAUGGUUACUAGCAGCAAAAGAGCCUGUUUCUUUGAAACAUCGUUUCGUGCAGAGGGCAUAUAAGUAUCACUCCGUUAAGGUGGUAAAAUUUGAACUUCCACAACAGCGGUGUGUGGUGUAUUUGGAUCUGAAGCGGGAGGAGUGUGCCAGUUUGUUCCCAUCUGGGCGGUUGUCAUCUCAAGCAUUCCAUUUGGGUGGACAAUGGUAUUUUCUAUCAGCACAAUGCAACCUGGACCAACAUGACUCUUUCCAUUGCUUUGAGCUGUUUGUAGCAAUGAAGAGAAAUGGCCCGGGAGGCUUUGCUCUGGUGGAAUGUGAAUUUGCAGUAAGGUGUAAGCCAACAGAGGAGUUUGUUGUUAGCAAGAAAAUGGCCAAAAAGAAAUUCACUGGGGGAGAUAUGUUUGGCCGUAGAAACUUGUUUGCAACUCCAUGGACUUCAUUCAUAGCUGAUGAUAGUCCUUUCUUCAUCAACGGUGUUCUCCACCUCAAAGCUGAGCUCACCAUCAGACAUUAAUCCCUUACUUUUGAUUCUAGUUGGUAGCUAGCCUCGACUUUUAGAGGAUGAUUUCUCUUUAUAUAUUUGACUGCCAUGCAUUUCUGUAAAUAUGAUAUUAUUACUCUUGAAAGUAUGGACUAGCUAUUAGAACUUGGCAAAUAAGAGAAUAGUUUUAAAACCAAAAAAGAACUUCAAGUAAAAGGCCGGUAGUUUUCUUGUUUAUGUCUAUAGAAGAUCAAGUAAAAAAGUGAGUGCAAACUGCAAAGUCUUUAUUAAAUUAGUUCACACUUCACAGGAUGUGGCUGUUUAACACUUACACAGUCUUUAAAAGUUUCAUAUUUAUGCUGUUUAGGAUGAUCGUUU